CUGGAAGUUGGAACCUGCGUUCGGUUAUGGUCGGCUUCACAUCGUUUUUACGAGUGCUCUCCCAGCCUACUGGAAUAAAGAAAUCAGCUGAUUUCUCUCACUAAGUCUGAUUCAACUUGCUUUGGAGUUUUUUAUCCAAAAUUGCAAAUUUUUGUAAUUUCUCUCUGCCACACACUCAAACUUAAAUAACAACGAGGUCCAAGCAAUCUUUUAACCUCGAAAUUUCAUUUACUCUGUUCAACAUUGACUUGCCACAGAGAGAAUUAUCCACAAAAAAUUCCCUGCAUUAAGCUCUAGUCCUACUUUCUGGAUACCUGUCAGCACUGUUUUAGUACAACAUGACUACCGUAAAUCCGUCUUAUGAGCCCUCCAUAGUAAAGAGAGAGGAAUUCAGGAAAUAUUUGGAGAAGAGCGGAGUCAUGGAUGCCUUAACAAAAGUCCUGGUAAAUCUUUAUGAAGAAGCGCACAAGCCGGACGAUGCAGUAGAAUACAUCAUAGAUAAAUUGGCCUUAAUGGCAGGUUUACAGACCAACAAACAACUACAUCUCAAAUUGACGAAAGCAGAGGAAAGAAUAAAGGAGCUGGAGUCUCAUGUUGAGAAUGCUGUUACUGAAAAAAAAGAACCUGAAAACAAUACAGAAAGCUGCACCCUGGAACAACCAAUCAGUGAAGUUCAGAUUAAAACUGAAGAAGAGGUGGCACCACCACCAAAAGAGGAAAAAUCAGAAGAGUCCUAAGGUAUUCCCGCACCUACAGCAAUAUGUUUUAAUUGUAAUUAAAUUCACUUUUAAACCAUGGUUGCAUGGUUUCUUUCCGUCAGGCUGUUCUUAGUGAAAUAAUUCAGUUUAAUUUGCACUAAAAUAUUUUUUUAUAUUAAUAAAAGGCAAUGCUUGAUUGAUGGUUCUUAGCAUACUGGGUAGAAUUAUAAAAUCCAAGCCCACCCGCCCACUUGCCUUUGUACUUAAAUUAGGAAAUUAGUAAGUAACACAGAUUUGUGCAUAAAACUAAUGUUUUGUAAUUAUUAUAUUCCUAAGAUUUCAAUUGUUAUAAUAAUAAGAUUAAACUAUUGCUUAUAAAACUAAUAAUGCCCUCCAUAUUAAGUGUAUUAGCUGCUUUGCAGUGCAUAAUUAAUUAAGAAAGAAUAUUGCGUAUUAUGUUUAUUUUAAUUUUGGUAACUUUAUCCUCAUGAUGUAUUAUUCAAAUUUAUGGUGCAAUAAUUUAGGUAGAAUACUUUUUUAAGUUUUUUUUUUGUCACAUUAUGUGUAGAAGUAUCAAUGUUAUUUCAACAUUUUGUUAUUAUUUUAUUAUACUUUAUUAUAAGAUAUAA